AUGGACCACUCAUCUGAUGAUGCACGCCCUCUGAAACGAGCCAAGCUUGCCAGUGCGCAAGCAGAUGGAAGUGUUGACGACCAUACAUCCGGCCUUGGCACAAAUCAGACCAACCUGGGCUCGACUCUCAAGAUGCCGGUCAAUCUGCCGGGCGACGGUGCUUCCAAGGAGCUUGAGGUAGGUAUCAUAACUUUCAUCGAUGAUGCUCGUGACAAGUUCCAAGCCAUACUCAAAAAGAGAUACACCGACUUUCUUGUCAAUGAAAUUUUGCCCGACGGUCAGGUGGUGCAUCUGCAGAGCAUGAACGCCAGAGAAGCCGCCAAACAGGCAUCAAAUGACGACGGUGUGCGCGCAAAUGAUCAAGCUGGCCAAGUGCAGGUGCAGGAGAGUAUCCCUCAUUCAGCCCACGAGAAUGAUACCACGGCAGAAGCCCUUGGCAAUGACAAAGGUCCAAGCUCAGACGCUGCUCUCGAAAGGAAGGGAGAUGCGCAGCGCUCAGAGGUAUCUGACAAUGAUCGCGCAAAAUUGGUAGAAUAUUUCAGCGAGGAAACUGUUCAGCAACUGACAUCUCUGUACGACCUCAUUCUCCGAGACCCAGAAAAGAAGGCUCGUGACCUUCCGGCAGUGCGGACGCCAUUCACCACGGACCGGAGUAUCAGAACCCAGAUCCAUCAAGACAUCCGGCGAAUCUUCGACAGCAAGAUCGAGUCCAGCACCGACAAGGAUGGGGUGUUAGUUCUCCGUGCAGCGACCCCUAGCAACCGUAACCGUGGGUGGCCAAAACCUGCCGGUAAAGCUCGACCGGGAGUACUCAGCUGGAUGGACCGUGGCGGCGAGUAUCUCCACUUCACCCUCUACAAGGAGAACAAGGACACUCUGGAGGCCAUAUCCUUCAUCACAAAACAGCUCAAGACGACCAACAGGACGUUUCAAUUCGCGGGGACCAAGGACCGACGAGCGGUGACGGUGCAGAGAGUCAGUGCGUACCGUAUCGAGGCGCAUCGGCUGGCGGGACUGAAUAGGGUCUUACGUUAUGCGGCGGUCGGAGAUUUCACAUAUCAGAAGAAAGGGCUGGAGCUCGGUGACCUUUCGGGGAACGAGUUCGUCGUGACCCUCCGAGACUGUGCCAUUGACGGCACAGCGAAGCUGACUGCAUCUGAGAAGCUCUCAUCAGCUCGGUCAUAUCUGUCACAGUCGCUGCAGAAGCUUCGUGAGAAAGGGUUUCUGAACUAUUAUGGUCUGCAACGAUUCGGCACGUUUUCUACUCGAACGGAUGUGGUGGGGGUUAAAAUACUACAAGGAGAUUUCCAGGGCGCAUGUGACGCCAUUCUCCAGUUCUCUCCGAUCGCCUUGGACGCAGCGAAGGACCCAGAAUCCAGCGCGCUCGUCGGUCAAGACGAUAAAAACCGUGCCGAAGGGAUCAACAUCUGGCGGACGACAGGAAAAGUACCCGAGGCGUUGGAAAAGAUCCCUCGCAAAUUCUCCGCCGAGACCGCACUGAUCCGACACCUAGGCCGACAACGUCAAGACUUUCUUGGAGCGUUGCUAUCGAUCCAGCGAAACCUGAGGCUGAUGUACGUGCAUGCAUACCAAUCCCUGGUGUGGAAUCUGGCGGUCGGCGAACGCUGGACACUCUACGGCCACGCCGUGGUGGAAGGGGACCUCGUCCUAGUCAAUGAGCACAAGGAGAAAGAAGCUGGACAGGAAGUGGUGGAGAGUGUGGAUGCCGAUGGCGAAAUCGUCGUCCAGCCGUCCGCGGACGAUCGGGCAUACGACCCGGACGACAUAUACGAGCGAGCCCGAGCUCUCACGGCCGAGGAAGCCGCCAGCGGCCAAUACUCCAUCUUCGACGUCGUCCUGCCUCUACCCGGCUUCGACGUCAUCUAUCCGCCCAACGCCACCGGCCAAUGGUACCAGACAUUCAUGGCGAGCGAGGCUGGAGGCCGACUCGACCCGCACAACAUGCGUCGCAAGCAGCGAGACUUCAGUCUGAGCGGAGGGUACCGCAAGAUCCUGGCGCGGAUCGGCGCCGACUACGACUUUCAGGUUCACGAAUACACGAACGACGAUAUGCAAUUCGUCGCGACCGACAUGGACAAACUCAAAGGGAAACGUGGUGGCGAAGAGGCAAAGGAAAAGCUGCAGCCGGCGUCGAGCGAGGAGACCGCUGAAGCAAGUGCAGAUCGUGAUGGUGAUGGUGAUGGAACGGCCGUGUCGGAGCCAGCGUCGGAGCUGGAGCAGAAGAAAUUGGCUGCCGUGCUCAAGUUCCAGCUCGGCGCAAGUCAGUACGCGACGAUGGCGCUGCGAGAGCUGUCCCGUGGAGGCAUCCAGGCUUACAAGCCGGAAUUCAUGGGCGGCAGAUGA